AUGGUCGCGCAAAACGCGGAUAAUCAACGCCACAAGCUGGAUUCCAUCGAAAUCACAGGACGACCCAGCUUCUCACACCGUGAUCUGGACUACAAGAUGAAAAUGCUGCAGCUUACCUUGGUGUAUCGCCGCUCUGUAGUGGAAGAUCGCCUGCCAUCGAUUGAUCAACCAAACAGGCACUCAAUUGCUCAAGAAACGUUUGCCAAAGUAAAACCCUUUGCGAUUGGACAACCCUUUCAUCGGCCAAAGAUUCUCGCUGUGGAACCGAAGUUGAAACAGAACAUAGACCAAAAACCUAGUAAACCACUGGUCAGUAUAACAAGUGCCACCUUGCCGUCGAAUCCUCAGCAUAGUAAAGUGCAACGGUUGGUCCAAAUGUUUGAAACCGGUACCAACACUACUGCAAAAAUACAUUCCCGUUCGCUCUUAAAACAACCGAUAAAGCAACAAGCAACAAUUGAAUUGAAGACACCGCAGCAAAGUCCGCCUAAGAACAACGCAACAGUUCUCAAGAAAGAAGAAUCCGCACCAAAUGACGACGAGAUUAGAGCUAACUUGAAGCAACGUAAAAAGCUUGACUCCUCGUGA